AGCGCGUAGCCCGUCCCGGCUCUGGAGCAUAAACAAGAGUGCGGACGGGAUGAGGCGGCGGUUGGUCCCCACUCAGCGAGUGGCGGCGAGCGAGGGCGCAAGCCGGACCGGGCGCAGAUCCUGAGUGGAACACGCUCCCGCGGGCCGCCCGAGUUGCGCCGCGUGCGCUCCCGUGAAGGGGGUCCGAGCCCGUCGCGCGCGCGCAACCAUGAACCUGGCGAGCCAGAGCGGAGAGGCCGGCGCCGGCCAGCUGCUGUUCGCCAACUUCAACCAGGAUAACACGUCCCUCGCGGUUGGUAGUAAGUCCGGGUAUAAGUUUUUCUCCCUUUCUUCUGUGGAUAAGCUGGAACAGAUCUAUGAAUGCACUGACACAGAAGAUGUGUGCAUCGUGGAGAGAUUGUUUUCAAGCAGCUUGGUAGCCAUCGUCAGCCUCAAAGCUCCCAGGAAACUGAAAGUUUGCCACUUUAAGAAGGGAACUGAAAUAUGCAACUACAGCUACUCCAACACGAUACUGGCUGUGAAGCUGAACAGGCAGAGGCUCAUUGUGUGUCUGGAGGAGUCACUCUAUAUACACAACAUCCGGGACAUGAAGGUACUUCAUACCAUCCGAGAGACACCCCCAAACCCUGCAGGCUUGUGUGCACUGUCAAUAAACAACGACAAUUGCUACUUGGCGUACCCAGGAAGUGCGACCAUCGGAGAGGUGCAGGUCUUCGACACCAUUAACUUGAGAGCUGCAAACAUGAUCCCGGCUCAUGACAGUCCCUUAGCAGCCCUGGCUUUUGACGCAAGUGGGACCAAGCUUGCCACUGCUUCUGAGAAGGGGACUGUGAUCAGGGUAUUUUCCAUUCCAGAAGGACAAAAGCUGUUCGAGUUCCGGAGAGGAGUGAAGAGGUGUGUGAGCAUCUGCUCCCUGGCCUUCAGCAUGGACAGCAUGUUUCUCUCCGCAUCCAGCAACACCGAAACUGUGCAUAUUUUCAAACUUGAGGCCGUGAGGGAAAAACCUCCAGAAGAGCCCACCACCUGGACCGGCUACUUCGGGAAGGUGCUUAUGGCAUCUACCAGCUACCUGCCCUCACAAGUGACAGAAAUGUUCAACCAGGGCAGAGCCUUUGCCACUGUCCGCCUACCAUUCUGUGGCCAUAAAAACAUCUGCUCAUUAACCACAAUUCAGAAGAUCCCACGGUUGCUGGUGGGAGCAUCAGAUGGCUAUUUAUACAUGUACAACCUGGACCCCCAGGAAGGUGGCGAGUGUGCCCUGAUGCGUCAGCACAGGCUCGAUGGCAGUAUGGAGACCACCAGCGAAAUUGUAGACUCUGCCUCUCAGGACUGCCCCUUAGUAACGCAGACGUACGGCGCAGCAGCUGCCAAAGGUGCCUAUGUGCCCUCCUCCCCAACGAGGUUUGGUAAAGGGCAGGACACCAACUUAGAAGCCUACACAGAUGACCUGGGUGCCGUGGGGGGCACUUGCCUGGAGGAUGAAGCCAGCGCCCUGCGCCUGGAUGAAGACAGUGAACAUCCUCCCAUGAUUCUCCGGACUGACUGAUGCUGACCUGUGAACUCUGGCCCAGGAGCAGAGGACUUGUGCAUUGCUGCUAUGAACUUUGACCUGAAUUGAGGGAGAGGAUGGCAGAGAUUUUAAAGCGAAGAGAUUGUAGUUCUAGUUUAUCCAUACUGUCGAGAAAAUACACUGUUUUCACUUCAGUGACUUUAAUCCUGCUUAUGAAUUUUAGCUUUUUAUUUUCUCUCACUCUUUAUUUUUUUUUAUUUUUUUUUUCUUGCCAAAAUUAACUGGUGAAGUCUGUGGCGUCUCCUUGCUUUGCAUGCGUGAUGUGCCAAGCCAGCAUAGGAGAGCCACCCCAUAGCAAGCAGAGCGGUCAGGUCUCAUGGCAGGGCCCGAAUGAAGAUGGCUCUGUGUGCAGUGAUCCUGCAGGAGCAGGGCCCAGCCGCCCACUGAGACAGCCCCACCUGGACCAUUUUCCUCCAAUUUAUAUUCUCUUUCCAGAUUGAAUCAUUCUGGAACUAGCUUUCUCCAUGGGGGACUGUUGUGUGGGGUCUUGUUCUUCAUGGGGAUCUUGAGGGAGAGGCAGUUUCUGCUCUGCACCUUCUUUUCUGGCAAUGUGCCGGGGCAGCCUGGAGCCAAGGAAGGCAAUCUCAUUUGUGUCAUUAAAUGCUCUGUCUCCUACUGUCCCCGUCCGCUAACUGUGGCUUGGUUUGUUUUAAAGGAGAGUGUAGCUACUCCCGUGCCCAAAAAAGCACAAAGGUCUAAGAUGCUGCAUCAGCCGCCAGGCAUCAGUCUGCGCCUGGAGCUGUGCUGUCUGCCAGGGGCUCCCCUCUCUCCCCUCCCCAGAGUUAGUAGCAACAGGUAGAGAGGCCCCAGGGAGACAGUGGGUCCUCCCCCGGUCCCCCACCCUAGUGACGUGCCUUUUCUUUCUCGGUCUGUAAGUGUGCAGGAAUGUGAUGUCAGGUUUCAGGUCUGCCCUCGCUUCUGUUUGCUUUUUACUUUUGGUGGCUUUGGGGGAAGUACAGAUUCACAUUACAGCCAAGGCUGCCCUAGAACUCAAUAUAUAGCCAGCACUGGCCUCAAAUUUAGAGCGGUCCCCCGCCUCUACUUCCUGAGAGCUGGGAUCACAGGUACCACUAUGCCUAGCUCCUUUCUCAGCUCUACGGAAUGAAAACUUCAGGUCUCGAAUCUGCAUUCUAAAGGGACCGUAGCAGUUAUGAAGUAAUGAGUUAAGAAGGUGUGGGCUGUUACUUCUUCAUAUACAUGGCUUUAGGUGCAAGCAGGGAAUGAAGAGGAUGAUGUCGGAGUACCAGGUUCUGCCAGCCUUGUCAGGCUUCUAGACAGGUCUUGAGUUUAGCCUGGGUAAGUCUGGUAGUGUUUCUGCAGAGUGCAGUGGCUAGACAGACCUGCUGGUGUCUCCUGCCCUUGCUGUUCCCAGGGUGGCUAAUCACAUGGGUGGGGCACAAGGGCUGUCCACAGCUAGAUCUGGCUGCUGGCAGGGCUGGGACUGGGGGUGCUGAACUUUAAGCUGUGCGUGGAACCCCAGCCCUGUGGCCUGCCACAGUGCGUUGCUUCUCUAGGACAAUAAAACAGGUCUUUGCAGGACCAAGCACGACCAGGGAGUACUGGCUAGAAGAGCCUGGGAAGCAAGCAAGCGUACAGGGCUGGAGCUGGGGCUUCCUGGAACCAAAGAGCGAUGUCUGGAAUCAAGUGUGACUUACGUGCUGACUCUGGGCUUGAACGCUGUGGGUUGGGGCCCAACUCCACCUGCUGAGAUUUCUUCUCUUGGAAAUUAGUAUCCCAGAAACGUGGGAUUUAUUUCUCCCUUUUGGCCCUCAGGCCUGAGGAGGAGUGUGGACAGGGGCGAGAGCAGCUCUCCGAGGUGGCACUCUGUCAGGACUCAUCACUGGCAGAGCCAAUUGAGGGACUGAGUCCACUACAAUACACACCCAAGUGAUUGCUCACCAUCAGGCCUCACACAAAUGGCCAUUUUUAAAUUUUCCAAAGUUAAGAGAAAAUUUUGGAAUCAGGUAUGGUACAACCUGUAAUCAGGAGAGGAGGCAGGAGAAAUGCUGUGAGUUUGAAGCCCACCUAAACUGUACAGUAUGGGCAAGCCUGGCCUACAGAAUGAGAACCUGUUUCCAAAAAAACCAAAGGAUGACGACUUUAAACAAAAAAAUACACUGGGGAAUGAGAGUUUAAAAUCCCCCAAAUUUUUAAGAUUUGUAUGGAUUGGGACCAAAGCUUUUGUAUUUUCCAAAACAAAGCAAAAGUUGGAGCCCCUUGUCCUCCCUACACUAAUGUGAGCUAGGGGCAGCUCGGGGGCCUUGGACUGGACUGUACUAGAAGAACCCUACCUCACAGGGCUGUUGUGAGGUGUGGGAGGGGAGCCCUAGCACUGGGCCUGGCCAGCAAUGGACUCCAAUAAACACUAAAACUGAAAUGUC